CCCUCGUCGGCCCAGGCCCCUCCUCCCCGCCCGCACGUACACGUGCGCGCCCUGGACUGGAGUCUCCCAGGGCAGGAGCGGCGCGGCGCGGCGACUCCCGCACGUCAUGGCGGCCGAGCUGAGCGAUAUGGCGGAGCCGCCCGCGGUCCAGCCGCCGCCUCCUCCCUCCUCCUCGCCCUCAGGCGGAGGCGCUACCGAAGAGGCGGCCGAGGGCGAAGCCUCCCCCUCCUCCUCUUCCUCCUCCACCUCUGCGGCGGGAGUUGAGGCCGAGCCGCCGCCACCGGCGCUGAACGGCGAAGGGGCGGAAAGCAUGUCGGAGCCCAGCCCGGAGAGCGCCAGCCAGGCCGGAGACGGCGACGACGAAGAGGAGGAGGACGGCGACGACGAGGAGGAGGAAGACGAGGAGGACGAGGAGGACGACGACGCCGAGGAAGAGGAGGAGGACGAGGAGGAGGAAGACGAGGAGGAAGAAGAGGCCGAGGCCGGCAGCAGCUCCGGCUCCUCCAGCGGCUGCUGCACCGACGACGCCCGCUCGCUCAGCCCCGGCGGCAGCGAGGCCGACGUCAAGGGCGGCUCGGGCGGGGCCGACGUGGGCGCGGGCGGAGGGCCUGACGGCUCCGCCGGCGGCGGGCACUCCAGUGAAGCGGCGGCGGCGGCAGCAGCAGCACCACAAGCGGCGGCGGCGGCGGUGGCGUCCGAGGGGGACGCGGGCGGCGGUGGCGGCGUCGUGUCGUCGGGAGCCGACGAGGGCUACGGCACGGGGAGCGGCGGCGGCGGGGGCGGCAGCAGCUCCUGCAGUGCCACGUCGGGCGGCCGCAGGGGCAGCCUGGAAAUCUCCUCGGACGGGGAGCCGCUGAGCCGCAUGGACUCCGAGGACAGCAUAAGCAGUACCAUAAUGGAUGUAGACAGCACAAUUUCCAGUGGACGUUCAACUCCAGUCAUGAUGAAUGGACAGGGAGUGACUACUUCAUCUGCAAAAAGUAUUGCUUAUAACUGCUGCUGGGACCAGUGCCAUUCUUGCUUCAACUCCAGUCCAGAUCUGGCAGAUCACAUUCGAUCUAUACACGUAGAUGGUCAACGAGGAGGGGUAUUUGUUUGCUUAUGGAAAGGCUGCAAAGUAUAUAACACACCAUCAACAAGUCAGAGUUGGUUACAACGGCAUAUGUUGACCCAUAGUGGGGACAAACCUUUUAAGUGCGUUGUUGGAGGAUGCAAUGCGAGUUUUGCUUCCCAGAGUGGGCUGGCUCGGCAUGUGCCGACACACUUCAGUCAGCAGAACUCUUCAAAAGUUGCCAGCCAGCCAAAGGCAAAAGAAGAGUCUCCUUCUAAAGCUGGAAUGAACAAAAGAAAGAAGUUAAAGAACAAACGGAGGCGCUCUUUACGGCUGAUGCCAGACUGUGCUGGGGAACUCUUAACCACUGACAAGAAAAUAGGAGUGGUCACACGUCAUGCAAGACCGCAUGACUUCUUUGAUGCACAGACCUUGGAUGCAAUACGGCAUCGAGCUAUUUGCUUUAACCUUUCUGCUCACAUAGAAAGUUUGGGAAAAGGCCACAGCGUUGUAUUUCACAGUACUGUAAUAGCUAAAAGAAAAGAGGACUCUGGAAAAGUUAAGUUGCUGCUUCACUGGACUCCAGAAGAUAUUCUUCCUGAUGUGUGGGUAAAUGAAACUGAAAGGCAUCAAUUAAAAACUAAAGUAGUUCAUUUAUCAAAACUACCAAAAGAUACUGCUUUGCUUCUGGACCCAAACAUAUACAGAAAGUCUAGUAAAGGAGGUACAUUCAGUGGAAUCCUGAAAGAUCACUUCUCUUAAGAUCCCAUGCUGAACAAUGCCACAGAAGAGAUUGAAGAGGUAGAAGUCGACUUGGUGGGGGCACUGACCAUGGAAUUAGAAUUGCACAUUCCUUGAGUCCUUUACCUUCAUCCCACUGACACACAUAACCCACACAGACAAGGCACACCCAUCCCCUCUGUGCCCAACUGCUGCCAGCCUAUGAUUGGUCUAACCAUUCUGUGAAUGAAGUUGAAGCAUCUAUGGAAUAUAUUAUAUAUAAAUGUCUAACAUACCUUAAUGGAUGGUACAGUAAGAGGUGAAGCAAAAGCUUCUCUAGCGUGCAUCACCAAUGUUUUUCUUUUCAGUGACUUUUAUGAAAGUUGUAUUGGAUGAACGGGCAAUCGCUGAAUUGCCAGGUGAAAACCAUCCUGGCCGUUGUUAUUCACGUUUUAACUUUUUCUUUUUUCUUUUUUGGUAAGCAAACUCUUGAAAUCUCAUCACUGAUAAGCAACAGCUAGAGAGAAUUCUUGGCGAAGCGUCUCCAUUGUCACUUUAGUGAACUUGUGUCCAAUCACAUAACCUUAAGUGGUGGUAUCAUGUUUAAGCAAAAUGGUGGUGGCAUACGUUGAUUUUUAGCAGAAUAUAAAUAUAUAUAUUCAGAGGAGGUUGAUCAGUGUUACGUGUUGCUGUAUAUCCGAUCCUCUUCAUAAGAUAUUACUGUAUAUUAAUCAGACUAUAAUAAUAUCUAUAAAAAAAAGAAAGAAACAACAUUGGUUUUAUAUUCUAUUUGGCUUUUAAAACUCCAGCUGGCUUUUAAAGAUUAUAUUGUCUCCCUUUCCCUUCUUUUGGCUUAAAUGUUUCUGUUUGUCCCCCCCCCAAAAAAGAAAGUAUUUUUUAAAAAGAAGCAUUUAAAAAUACAAUCGUUUAUGCACCAAAGUUGGCUAUGAAAAGAAUUAAAUUGCUUCCUCACUUUAUUAAACAAGGAAUUGCGGAUUUUUUUUAACCCUACAGGACUAGAAAACUUGUGUACUUUGUUUGUCUUGUAUUGAGACAAAAAAAAAAAAAGUUGCAUAUAGAGAAUGGGAUGUUGCUUGUAAAUAGUUUUGCAGAUUUGUAAUAUAUUUUUAUAUCGCAAAAUGUAGAUGUUUUUUCCUAGAGGCAUGGAAGUUAAAAUGUAUAUAUUAUGGUAGAAAUAAUAUUGAAGGAUAUUGUUAUGUCAUUAGCGCUGCCAGAAUUUGUUUAAAGCAAGCACCUUUCUUAACAAUAAUAUGUCUCUUGGAUUUCUAAGAGACUCUAUACUACUGUUAUAAGAACAAAACACAUAAAAUAUCCUUUCAGAAAUCUUUGAAGGAUACAGAAUAUCCAUAGAAGAUUUACAGCACCUCACUGCUGAACAUGGAUAUGAAAUCAAUCUUUUUCCUUGCUUGUUGGAAGGAACAAAUGUAAAAUAAAUGACUUAAUAAGGUGGCUAUAUGCAGUCAGACUGCAUGAUUAAACCCUUCCUGUUUAGGAGGAUUUUUUUUUAAUUUUAUUUUAUUUUAUUGGUGUUUUGUUUUUUUUUUUGUUUUUUGCAUUACUACAGCAACAUUUUUACACUAUUUUUUUUUAAUUAAACAGCAAAUAAAUUAAAAGUCUAAAGUUUUGGGAGAUGGAAGUUGGGGUGGUUCCCCCUACCCCCAAUUGUAUAAGGAGAGCUGCCUUAAUGAAGGUAAAAUGCUUGUUUGGUUCCUGGUGAAUUUAGAACAGGGGUUCUCAACCUUCGCAACUUUAAGACUCGUGGACUUCAACUCCCAGAAUUCCUCAGCCAGCAAAGUUGCCAAGGUUGAGAACCCCUGAUUUAGAAUGUUUUCACAAACAUUUAAAUUUUAUUAUUGUGCAGAUCAGAAGCACUGCUGACAUGGAACGGUUCUAGAAUACUGUAGUUGUUUGACAAUGGUAUUUCAUAAAGAUCUGUGGCAAUGUAACUAUUUAAUAACAGAUGCCGUUUGUUUCGUCUUUUUGUUUUUAAUUUUGCUUAAGCACUUCAGUUACUGCUUUAUCUUCAUUAAAUGGUCAUUUAACUGCUUGGGUUCUCUUUCUUUAAGAAGUAUAACAUUGCCAAAUAGGUGUUUUCAGAUAUAGUUUGUAUUUGUAUUUUUUUUAAAACUCUUAUUGUUUCAUGAAUCUCUUAUAUGCCAUUCAUAAUUGACAGAUGAUUGUAGACUUUGCUGGAGUAUUUUUUCUAAUAAAAGAAAGCAAAUGCAGCUAC